AUGGAAUCUGAUAAGAGUGAAGAGCGACAAACAAGUUCACAAUCAUUAUUACAAUCUUCUGAGCCUGAACAUGUAGAAGUAUCUUCGACAGCAAUCGCUCGUAAUGACGUACUUGCCACUGCCUAUGACACAUUUCAAUCGCAAGUCGAAAUUGCUGGUCAAAUUUUCACAACUGAUCUUGAUAUUCUUAACUAUAUAUUAACUAUGUUCAGUGAAUUCAAUAUUAUCGUAUGUGGAUCACCACGUGUUGGUAAAUCAACAUUAAUCAAUGCCAUAUGUAGUCAGACAUUAGCUGAAACGAGUCCCGGUCUCGAUUCAUGUACUCAAGAUAUAACGUGUUAUGCACUCACCGAUACAUGCUAUAUUAAUAAUCAAUGGAUAAAUUACACAUACAAUUUUUGGGAUACACCAGGCUUUGAAAAUUGGAAUGAGAAUGAUAUUCGUAAAAAUGUUGCACAAAUUGUUGAAAAACCAGGAUCAGAUCCAUUGUGUAUGAUCUUUUGUGCUGCACCUGGUUCAUUUGCUAAAACAGAACAAUUAAAAUGGUUACUAGAUAUUUGUAUUCAAGAACGAAAAAUCUUUUGUGCACUCGUGGUAACCAAUAAAUGGGCUGGAUUACAGGAUAAACGUAUGGCUAUUUUAAAUAAAUAUAAAGAACUUCUCUCUCACUACCAUCCACAGACGUGUGAAGAAAAACAAGGAAUAACUUAUUUUGGUAACGUAGGUCUAUGCACUAUGGUUAAUGCGCAACCGUAUGUCGAUGAAGAACAAGGUAUAAACAAACCACAACAGGGUAUUGAUGAAUUACUGGAAGGUAUUAUGACAUGUUUGAAUAGUGAGGGCAAAGUGUUUCAUUGGUGCAUGGCAACGAUGCAAAAGAAAGGACUAGUAGAUAGUUUGAUGGAAAAAAUGAAACACAUUUUUCCUAAUUUGCAAGACUUCUUGACGGAUUUGUUCACAAACAAGAAAAGCGUUCGUUAA